AUGUGUGGAGCUUCAUGGCCAGUGGAAGUGAGAGCUGCUGUGACAUCAGCAGCAUCAUGUGUGAAAGAUGAUCCAGUGCUGCUGACUGAGGCAGGCAGAGAAGAACGAGAUGGCAUUGGCAUUCCGGGGCAGCAGGCUGUGAAAGAGUGCAGAAGAUACAUUGACAAGGAUAUGAACCGCUGCUUCAACAGGGCCAUGCUGAGUUCUCCUAUUACAGACAGCAGCCCGUAUGAAGUCCGGCGCGCUCAGGAACUGAACAAUCUGCUGGGGCCGAAAGGAUCCACAGAUGCAAUGGACUUGAUCUGUGACCUUCAUAACACCACGGCUAACAUGGGCCUCACACUGAUCCAUUACACGACCAGUGACUGGGUGACUCUGCACAUCUGCAAAUACUUACAGACUAAGAUAACCAAAGUGCCUGUGAGAGUGCUGGUACUGGAUGUCCCGAUUAGUGAAGAAACUGUGAAGCCACUUUCUCCUAUUACAGACAGCAGCCCGUAUGAAGUCCGGCGCGCUCAGGAACUGAACAAUCUGCUGGGGCCGAAAGGAUCCACAGAUGCAAUCAACUUGAUCUGUGACCUUCAUAACACCACGGCUAACAUGGGCCUCACACUGAUCCAUUACACGACCAGUGACUGGGUGACUCUGCACAUCUGCAAAUACUUACAGACUAAGAUAACCAAAGUGCCUGUGAGAGUGCUGGUACUGGAUGUCCCGAUUAGUGAAGAAACUGUGAAGCCACUGUAUGAUUGUCUUUGGUGGAUGUCCUAUCAUAUACUCUAA